GGUGGUCCUGAUACUCUCUUGGAGCACAUGGCUCGCUUGAUUGGCUUUGGCGCCCCUGCCAAGCAUGUCGUGGAGAUGGCGCGUGCAGAAGUUCGGGAAAACCCAAGGGCUCCUGAGGAUCUUAAGGAAUUUUCAAGAAUCAGGUUAGAAGAUGCAGAAACUGGUGUACAUACAGUUCUUCGGAAGUAUAGGCUAGCAUGCAAGGUUCAGAUUGACACGAAGAACUUGGGACCCAAUCAACUUGCGGACUUUCCCUACAUUAAGCUCAGCAGUUGGCUUCAGUAUUUGACUACAGCCAGGAUUGCUAGGCAGUUUUGCGGGGUUUCCAGCUUGCAAAAGAUGAAGAGGGUUUUGGCUGAAUUUUGGAAGCGAUACGAAGCAGUUCACCCCAACCAUGACAUAUUCCGAAGGGCGCGACAGGGUGCUUUAGACUUGCAAAGUACCUUGCCGUACUUCAGCCACUCUGAUGAGGGUAGGGCCUACAAAAAGGAGUUCUGCAAAGUGGUUGUGGUUCUUUUCCUUGACCGUGUGGGCCGUGUUUACUGCGUUGGUUCUUUUGGAGGUGCUGCCCAAUUUGUGUCUCCGAUUCGCUGCCUCAUGUCGGUCUCUGUGGAUAUUCCUGGACAUGGUCACUUUGAUAUCAAACUGACUGCUUCGAGCACCGCUGCUGACAUUAUUUUACUGCUACGUGAGCGUUUGCCAGACAGCCCAUGGCAUGGGAACAAGUUGCUGUCAAGUGGGGUCUGCCAGCUACAGUGCGAUGACAUUGUGGAGGCAACCCGCCACAGCACUUUAGUCUUGACAAACUACUCAGAGAUCACCAGCCAGGAGCCUGUUUGUAAGUUUCUGGCCUGCUUGGAGCAGCAUGCUCUGGUGCGAGAACUCUCAAGCAGUACAUUCUAUUGGGUCUGUGCAUAUGCCAAUAACCAGCACUGCGUGGAAGAGGAUAUCAAAAGCAACCCGCGCAGCACUUCAUUCUACAGAGCUAUGCAGAUGUCUGAGGGAGUUCUUUUGGUGCUGGAUUCAGCUGGAACGUCCCGGAGCCGGUCUCCAAGCACCAAGGCCGAAACCGGGAGCUAUUUCAGUUUUUUUAAAGAUGAAAGGCGUGCCUUGUCACUGACUGAUUCUUGGAAUUUCAGUUCCCUUGACCGAAACGUGUCUUUGUGCUGUUCGUAUCCAACGGUGUUUCGAGUUCUCAGUGGCAAGACACACCUGGUGCUCAGGCCACGCUACGACAGUCAGCGACCAGGACGCCAGGCCGGAGAGACGAUGCGCGAGAGUCGUAAUGAGGCGAACCGCGGGGCUGCCACGUUGGACAGCGAGGACGCCACGUUGUCGCACUAUGUUGGAACAGAGUUGUUAGAAGGAUCCUUUAGGACUCGCUGCCUCAUGUCGGUUUCUGUGGAUAUUCCUGGACAUGGUUACUUUGAUAUCAAACUGACUGCUUCGAGCACCGCUGCUGACAUUAUUUUACUGCUACGUGAGCGUUUGCCAGACAGCCCAUGGCAUGGGAACAAGUUGCUGUCAAGUGGGGUCUGCCAGCUGCAGUGCGAUGACAUUGUGGAGGCAACCCAUCGCAGCACGUUGGUCUUGGCAAACUAUUCAGAGAUCACCAACCAGGAGACUUUCUGCAUCAAAGAUACUGCAGAGCGAGGGAUCACUCGCGAGCAAUUGGCAAAGAUCGUUGUUUUCAUCUCCAAGAUGGCUGACAGAUGGUGCGACGGCUAUGCGAAAAAGGGCUGCAGCAUGGUUGAGAUCAUGGCGAUUCAAGUGCAGAGACCUCACUGGUUUGUGUCGCAUGCUUGGAUCGAGCCUGUUUGUAAGUUUCUGGCCUGCUUGGAGCAGCAUGCUCUGGUGCGAGAACUCUCAAGCAGUACAUUCUAUUGGGUCUGUGCAUAUGCCAAUAACCAGCACUGCGUGGAAGAGGAUAUCAAAAGCAACCCACGCAGCACUUCAUUCUACAGAGCUAUGCAGAUGUCUGAGGGAGUUCUUUUGGUGCUGGAUUCAGCUGGAACGUCCCAGCUGGAGCCGGUCUCCAAGCACCAAGGCCACGCUACGACAGUCAGCGACCAGGCGCCGGAAAAGACUUUGGGCGUCACGUCACCUAGCUGGGUUCUCCACGUGGCGUGGAAAGGACGCCAGGCCGGAGAGACGAUGCGCGAGAGUCGUAAUGAGGCGAACCAUGGAGCUGCCACGUUGGACAGCGAGAGGCAGGGAGUGGAGCUGGACGCCACCUCGUUGUCGCACUAUGUUGGAACAGAGUUGUUAGAAGGAUCCUUUAGGACUCGCUGCCUCAUGUCGGUUUCUGUGGAUAUUCCUGGACAUGGUUACUUUGAUAUCAAACUGACUGCUUCGAGCACCGCUGCUGACAUUAUUUCACUGCUACGUGAGCGUUUGCCAGACAGUCCAUGGCAUGGGAACAAGGUGCUUUCAAGUGGGGUCUGCCAGCUGCAGUGCGAUGACAUUGUGGAGGCAACCCACCGCAGCACUUUAGUCUUGACAAACUACUCAGAGAUCACCAACCAGGAGGCUUUCUGCAUCAAAGAUACUGCAGAGCGAGGGAUCACGUGCGAGCAAUUGGCAAAGAUCGUUGUUUUCAUCUCCAAGAUGGCUGACAGAUGGUGCGACGGCUAUGCGAAAAAGGGCUGCAGCAUGGUAGAGCUCAUGGCGAUUCAAGUGCAGAGACCUCAUUGGUUUGUGUCACAUGCUUGGAUCGAGCCUGUUUGUAAGUUUCUGGCCUGCUUGGAGCAGCAUGCUCUGGUGCGAGAACUCUCAAGCAGUACAUUCUAUUGGGUCUGUGCAUAUGCCAAUAACCAGCACUGCGUGGAAGAGGAUAUCAAAAGCAACCCACGCAGCACUUCAUUCUACAGAGCUAUGCAGAUGUCUGAGGGAGUUCUUUUGGUGCUGGAUUCAGCUGGAACGUCCAAGGUGGCAGUGGCACCUGGCGCGCAACUGGAGAGACGUUCGCACACCGAGGCAUCGGAAUGUCCAGUCGAAGUCAUCACAGUUAUGAAAGUCUUCAGUCGAAGUCUUCAUGAAGUUCACUGCAGCGGCUCGAACGCCCAGCACUGCGCGAUUGACGAGUCUCGAGAGUCGCUCGGUAUUCCAAGAGAAACCCGGGUCCACCUUCCCUGUCCCAGAGAGAUGUUGACGUUGAGGUGCAUUUUGCCAGCAACUCUGCCAGAGGACGCCACGUCAGAGCCUUUCUGCAUCGAAGAUACUGCAGAGCGAGGGAUCACGCGCGAGCAAUUGGCAAAGAUCGUUGUUUUCAUCUCCAAGAUGGCUGACAGAUGGUGCGAGACUUUCGGAGAACAGCGUGGGACAAGGCUGCAAUUUGAGACGUUCAACUUGUAUCAUGCGAAUCAUUGGAUCAUCAAACCAGCCACCGAAGCCUGGAUUUGUUGA